GUGGCAAGUUAAUAAAGCAGUUAUUCUGUGAGUCAAAUUGAUUCUUGUGAGAAAUAAACCCUAAAAAAUUGAAACACUUAGAUGGAUGCGAAACUUUGCUUGUUUGAAACGCCAUUGUAGUGAGAAGAAAGAUGAAGAGACGUUCAUCGGAGACGAAGUUGUUGAAAGAAUUGUUACUCUAUGCGGCCAGCGCCGCUUUGAGCAGCCUUGUUUUGUUUGUGGGGCUCCGACAACUUGACCCGAAUCGACAAGCUUCCAAAAAGGCUCUUGAGAACAAGAAGGAACUUGCGAAGCGCCUUGGUAGACCUAUCAUUCAAACCAAUUCCUAUGAGGAUGUAAUAGCCUGUGAUGUAAUCAACCCUGAUCAUAUAGAUGUAGAAUUUGAUUCCAUUGGUGGAUUGGAAUCUAUUAAGCAAGCUCUAUUUGAAUUGGUAAUUCUUCCCUUGAAAAGGCCUGAACUCUUUUAUGGGAAGCUUCUGGGUCCUCAAAAAGGAGUUUUGCUCUAUGGACCCCCUGGAACUGGAAAGACGAUGCUUGCCAAAGCAAUUGCUAAGGAAUCAAGUGCUGUUUUUAUUAAUGUGAGAACAUCGAAUUUGAUGAGCAAAUGGUUUGGUGAUGCCCAAAAACUCGUUGCUGCAGUGUUCAGUUUGGCGCAUAAACUUCAGCCAGCAAUUAUAUUCAUUGACGAAGUGGAUAGCUUUUUGGGUCAGCGCAAGUCUACUGACAAUGAGGCGUCAACAAACAUGAAGACUGAAUUCAUGGCUUUAUGGGAUGGUUUUACCACAGAUCAAAAUGCACGAGUUAUGGUCCUUGCUGCUACUAAUCAACCAUCUGAGCUUGAUGAAGCAAUUCUUCGACGUCUUCCUCAAGCCUUUGAGAUUGGAAUGCCCAACUGCAGAGAAAGAGCUGAGAUUUUGAAGGUGAUCCUGAGAGGCGAGAAGGUAGAAGAUACCAUCGACUAUGACGGCAUUGCUAGUCUCUGUGAUGGAUACACUGGUUCUGAUCUUCUGGAGCUAUGUAAAAAAGCUGCCUACUUCCCCAUCCGGGACUUGCUUAAUGAUGAGAAGAGUGGAAAGCGAACUGCGGAGCCGAGGCCGCUGUUGGAAUCGGAUUUGGAAAAGGUUUUAACUACGUCAAAAAAGACAAAGGUUGCUGCAAGUGAAUACAGCAGGUUAAGUUCAAUGCGUGCAGAUUCAGAUUCUGCAAUUAACGAGAUUUCUAAGCUUGUGGUUUCCCAUAUUCUGAAUGUCCAGUCAGAUAACUAGGAUUCUUAAUCAGCUAUUUGAUUUCUUAUAAAUCAUCAGUCUGUCUAAAGUUUGAUUUUUUUUCAUUUGGUGGCUAUUGUGGAUGUUGCAGAAUUCCUUUAGACCACUGUAGUUCAGCUAUUAACUUGUAAGAGCAUUGCAUGAUUUUCACGGCAUAGUGGUUAAAAAUGACAGUUUUUUUUUUUUUUUAUCCUGGGUGGUAGGGUAACGUGUUUCAUUUUGUUUAA